CAAUCCAAAAAUAUAGAAAAAAUAACAACAAAAUUUACACAUUACACAUAGAAGAGAAGAGAAGAGAAAGGUUGGGUGAAGGGAGAAAUGGAAGACGGCAAGAGUAUGGGUCGAAAGGAGAAGAGGAAGGCAAUGAAGAAAAUGAAGCGGAAGCAGACGAGGAAGGAGGCGGCGGAGAGUGAACGACGGGAGGAGGAGGACCGCCUCAACGAUCCGGAGGAGCAGAGGCGGAUGCAAUUGCUGGAGCAGGAGGAGGCGGAGAGAAUGCAGAGGGACACGAUCCUCUUUCAGGAGAGGGAGAAGGCUUUCAUGGAUAUGAUAAUCACCCGACAACGACAGCAGCAGCAGCAGCAAGAACGAGACCAAGAGCAGAGCAUCGACCACGACAACGAAUUUGAAUACGUGGUUCAGGAAGAAGGCCCUCCGGAGAUUAUUUGGCAAGGAAACGAGAUCAUCUUCAAUAAGAAACAGCUCAGAGUCAGGGUUCCGGACACCGACACCCACAAUAACUAUUCGCAGCAGAAUGACGACAUUAGACCUACAUCCAAUCCCUUACCCCCGGAAUCGGAAUCGGAAUCGCGCACUCAGAACCUCCAGGACGUUGCUCAACAAAUACCCAAUUUCGGAACGGAACAGGAUAAAGCUCAUUGCCCUUUUCAUCUAAAAACGGGAGCAUGUCGCUUUGGUAGGCGCUGUAGUAGAGUCCAUUUUAUCCCUGAUAAAUCCUCCACUCUUCUAAUGGAAAACAUGUACAACGGUCCUGGCCUUGCUUGCGAUCGGGACCAAGACGAGGGCCUCGAGUAUACAGAUGAAGAGAUUGAUCGCUGCUUUGAAGAAUUUUAUGAGGAUGUCCACACAGAAUUCUUGAAGUUUGGGGAAAUUGUGAACUUCAAGUUUGCAGCUAUGCCCGACCUUUGUCAGUGUGGCCCUGUUCUGUAUUUUCUGCCCAUUCAUGUUCCCACUAUAACUACAAGGGUUAGCCAUCAGCCAUUUUUUGGCCAAGAAAACCCAAACCAAAAUAACCCAAGGACACAGUAUUUUUCUUGUCUUUGUUAGAAUGAGUAUUAAAUUUGGGUAGAAAGUAGUUGUGUUGGGAAUUACUAUCUAUUGUACCUAUGAGUUGUACCUAGGUUUCUAGUUCAGCCUUUUGAUCUUUCAUCUUCUCAUUGUAUCAGUUUUUUAUCAUUAUAAGUAUGAGAUCAUAAGUGGGGUCUUUGAAGCCCUCUAGAAUAUAUUUUCUCUCUUAUUAAUCUUAAGUUGGUAUUAGAGCUAGUAAAUCUCGCUCUUGGUCUGAGUCUUCUUCUAUGUCUAUUGCCACAAUUUUCUUCAGGAGCCAUUGGAACUAGAGUGUCUCCCUAAGCAAUGAACAACCUCAUCAGUCCCUGAGCCUAUCUCUACUCCAUGCGCCUCCACACAUGCACUUUCUCCUCGCUACUAUUGGGCAUGUGAGGUACAAGUGCCGCCUUCCUCUCACCAGAGCAACGUCGAGACUCCUAGUUCGGGCAUAACGGACCUCCCCAGUGUCGUUUUAGUCCUUGGUCGUCUUUUUUUUUUCUGAUGUGGUUAACGGGUUUGCUUAGUGGCUAAUUCUAUGUCCCUGUUAGUUUCCUCCAACUUUGACUGAAAUGUCUACUGGAACUACUAUUUCCUCUGGAAUUCCUUCCAUUACCCCUGGGAAACUAAAUGGGAAAAAGUAUGUGUUGUGGUUUGCCUUUGUUGAAAUGUGGUUCGUUGGCCAAGGUCACCAUGACUACCUUGAACCAGAUGGAAGUAAUGUGCCUUUUGAGCAAGUUGAACCGUGAAAGUGAAUUGAAUUCAGUUGUGUGUUACUGUGAUAGUCUGCAGAACCUUAAUUAUUGGGUACUCUUAGAUCUUUUAAAACUUGCAACUCUUUUUGGAAAAAAGGCUCAAAAUAUUUAUGCAAACCAUAUCCAAUGAUUAGGUGUCUUUCAUGAGUGAAGCUCAAUUUGCAGUUGAAGAAUUAAAUAUGUUUUUGGAGGUUGAGUCAUUGGAUGAGAAUAAGAAGAAACUAGAAAAUACAUGGUGAUGAUCCUUUUUGCUGUACAUCUUGACUUUGAUCAUAUUAGAGAUAAACUUUUAACAAGUCAUGAAGUUCUUUCCAAUGAAAGUUUGACCACACAACUCCUUCGGAUUCCAACACUUCAAAGAAAAGAUGUUCAUGAACAUGUGGAACCUUCUAUUAUGGUUUUUGCAUGUGGAAGAGGAGGACACAAUGAUAGAGGAAGACAUGGUCAUCCGCAGGAUGUCCUUAUAAGAGAAUGUCACAUUCAAGAAAAUUACUUCUCCUUGCACGACUUUCCGAACAAGAUAGCCAAUGUCUCAAAAGCUGAAGUGUUGACCCUAAAUUCUCUGAUGAAGAAUACUAAGACUUGAGAAUUAAACUGUAAA